AUGAAGGACGCUGUUGACCCACACCUGAGAGACGAACAAGCAGGAUUUCGAUCAGGUAGAUCAUGUGCUGAUCAAAUUGCCACUCUGCGCAUAAUCCUGGAGCAGUCACUGGAAUGGAACUCUUCCCUUUAUGUUAAUUUCAUUGAUUAUGAAAAGGCGUUUGAUAGCGUUAACCGACCAACACUGUGGAAGCUUAUGAAACAUUAUGGGAUACCACACGAAAUUACCAAUCUUGUAAGGAAUUCAUACGAGGGAUUGUCAUGCAGGGUAAUUCAUGGAGGGCAGCUAACAGAUGCAUUCAAUGUGAAGACAGGACAACCCAUUGAGGCAGAGCUCUUGCAGAAACGAUGGUGGUGGAUUGGCCACACCCUACGGAAACGAAUGCCUAAUAUUACUAGACAGGCAUUGACUUGGAAUCCUCGUGGAAAAAGGAAGAGGGGAAGGCCUCGUAACUCAUGGCGCAGAGUCAUGGAGGCAGAUGUUAAGAAGAUGGGCCGCACAUGGAAAGAACUGGAGACGCUGGCUCAGGACCGCUCUGCCUGGAGGAACCUGGUUGACGGCCUAUGUCCCAGGAGGGGCGAUAGGCGUAAAUAA